GUGCUCAAAAGAACUGUCACUUCAUUUGUUUUUCUUUGCGUUAACACGAUAAUAUUUUUAUAAAUUUUAUAAAAAUUAUUUAAUUGCAACACAAUUUGAAAUAAUUUUCAAAUAAAAAUGGGAAUAAAAAAGGUAAAAAUCAGUUCCGUAAAACGAACGGCCCAUUUGAAAAACAAAAAGGUACCUCUGAGCAAGCAACAACAAAACAAGCUAGCCCAGCAAAAAGCAACCAAGGAGCGAGGUUCGAAUAUAUUCAUACAGAAGGCACGUAAAAAGGAUGAUGUAUUUCAAAAGAAAAAACAAAACAAGCGCGAGUCGCUGGGUCUUCCUAUGAACUUGGAUGAUGAUCAAGAUGAGGAUGAAUUGUUGGACAACGUGGCCGAUAUGUUGGAUGGAGAAGAUUUAGAGUUUUUACAAUUAAAACGUGGUGUUAAACAACGCAAGCGUAAACAUGCUGGUGAGGAUGAGGCAGAACACGAUGAUCUGAAGCACUCGGUGGGUUUGGAGAAACAAUUUGCUGUGGACACUGCCCUAGAAGAGGAAACCAAAAAAAUCAAAGUUGAUUUAUUGCCCAUUAAAAGUAGAGAUGGUGAAAUUAUAACACGUAGUGCACAGGUCGACUAUAAGCCAAAACCAAAGCAAAAGAAAAUUCAAGAAACCGAAGAGGAAGCAGAUGAGGAAGAAGCUGCUGAAGAAUAUGAAGAUAGUGAUGAUGAUGUUGUUAAUGAUGAUGAGGAGAGUGCUAUUAAAGCAGCAGCUGAAAAGAAAAUGAUUUCCACCACUGAUUUGCUUAUAGCUCGCCAGCAAGAAAUUGAACGUCAAAAAUAUCGUAUUGGUAUUAUUUGUUCUGGUAUUCUGGAGAAACCUGAGGAUAAAAUGCGUAAUUUUAAUGCUCUUUAUGAGCUAAUGGAUGAGGCCAGCAACAAUGGCGUGCCUAAUCUACUAACUGUGCGUAAGGUGGCCAUAGUUUCUCUAACGGAAAUCUUCAAAGAUAUUUUACCCGAAUAUCGUGUCGGUCAGAUUGAUACUAAAAUGCAGCAAGUACGCAAAGCCACCUUGGAGAGAGUAACCUUUGAAAAUGCUCUGCUACAGCAAUUCAAAAAAUUCUUGCAGCGUUUAGAAAAGCUUACAGGCUGUGUUAAUCGUAAAGGUCAUGGUCGCGUAACACCACAAGCUGUUAAAAUGGCCGAAGUUGCGGUACAAUCAAUGUGCGACCUUCUCAUAGCCCAUCCCUACUUCAAUUAUGUCAAGAAUAUUGCACAACUAUUGGUGUACAUGCUCAACAGUAAUUAUCCCCGCAUGAGGGAUGCUGUAAAUAAAUGCUUCCGUUUUGUCUUUGCCAACGACAAAAAACUUGACAUGACCCUUUUCAUUAUACGACGCAUAAAUCACCUGAUUAAAGCCAAAAAUAACAACGUGCACUUGGAAUGCAUUACCUGCCUUCAAGACCUUAAAAUUAAGAAUGUAAAUUUAGAUGCUGAAAAGGAAAACGAAUUGAAGCAAAAGAAAUUGGAGGCGCAUCGUCAGCGCCUUUUGAGUCUGUCUAAGAAGGAACGUAAGAGGCGCAAGAAAUUGACGGAAUUGAACAAGGAAUUGGAGGAGACCAGAGCUGAGGAGAAUAAACAGACCAAACAUUUCAAAUUGACCGAAAUUGUUAAAAUGUUAUUCAACAUUUACUUCAGAGUCUUGAAAAAUGAUCCAACUUCGAAAGUUUUGAGUGCAAUAUUAGAGGGUUUGGCAGAAUUCGCCCAUGUCAUUAAUUUAGAUUUCUUCUCCGAUUUGAUUGAAGUUCUGAAUAAUAUCUUGGAGAACCAAGAAGAAUUGGGCUAUCGUGAGCAGUUGCAUUGCAUUAAAACCAUUUUCGUCAUACUCUCCGGUCAGGGUGAAGUCUUAAACAUCGAUCCUAUUCGUUUUUAUCAACAUUUCUAUAAAAAUAUGUUGGCUGUUAAUGCGGGCAAAAAUCAUGAUGACUUUCGUGUUAUUUUGGAAACCCUUGAUGAGGUUCUUGUUAAAAGAAGACGUAACAUGAGUCAACAACGUUUAAUGGCAUUUGUCAAACGUUUAUUGACAAUUAGUUUGAAUUUGUUACACCAUGGUACACUGGCCUCUUUGGGUACUAUUAAAACCACCUUCCAGCUGACAUCCGUUUUGGACAUUCUACUUGAUACAGAUGAUAGUAUUGGCUCAGGAAAAUACGAUGCAGAAUUAGAAGAUCCAGAAUAUUGUAAUGCAUCGUGUACAGCUUUGUAUGAGUUGAGUAUGUUGACGAGACAUUACCAUCCAACAGUGCGUAAGAUGGCAAUGCAUAUUGCUAACGGAGUGCCAGCAUCUGGAGAGGGUUGCUUGCCUUCGGAAAUAGGAAAAUUAUCUGCUUUUGAUUUAUUUGAAGAAUUUGAUAGUACUCAAAUGGUCUUCAAUCCAACUAUACCUUUGCCCAAACAAUGUGAACCUAAACUGAAGAAAGGUCGUUAUAACUAUAUAAAUAAGAAUUUUAAACCCUUCUACCAGUCGAUGUUAAAACGGAAUGUAGUCCACAGCAAUAGUAAAGUAAAAGAAACAUACUUUGAUUUUUAUAAGGAAUUGAAAAGUAAAUAAAGCUGUAUAUAAUUAGAUAAAAA